AUGUCAUCGUCUCAAGGAGGCCCGUCCGGGUCCACCAAGAUCUCCUUUGGCUUCAAGAAGACUUCCCUGCCCGCUCAGACGAGUGUAGCGAAUCCCCUCCUCGCUUCCAAGCCGAAGCCGCCCGCCUUCUCCUCCCUAGAAGACGAGGAGGACGAUGACCAAGGCAACGCUGCAGCGUCAUCUUCCUCUGUCAGCAGCGCCUUCUCCCAGCCAAAGAAGAAGUCCAACAACGCUCCAACAGGACUAGCCCACUCAGCUCCCGCCUCCAAGGUCUCGCGGCAAAAGGCAGCGCAAGCCGAGCAGCUCGACUCCUCGGUGUACGACUACGACAACGUCUUCGACUCUCUCAAAUCCGUGCAACGCUCCCAAGCCGAGGCACGGCAGGCAGAGCGGGCUAAGCGAGACCCGAAGUAUAUCGAGGGGAUGCUGGACAGUGUCAAGGAGAGGAACAAGCUGCUGUUGAGGGCGCAGGCAAAGAAGAUUCAGAGGGAGAGGGAGGCAGAGGGUGAAGAAUUUCAGGAGGGGGAGGAGUUUGUCACGGAUGCGUAUAGGGAGCAACAGGAGGAGCUGAGGAAGGUGGAAGAGGCUGAAAAGGCCGAGGAGGAGAAGCAAGCAAAGAACAAGAAGGGACUUUCCUCCUUUUACAAGGACAUGAUGGCCUCAAAGGAAGCCGAACACGAAGCAGCCGUGGCAGCAGCAGCGGCAGCGGCAGAAGCUGCUGCCCGGACAUCUACAUCCGAGGCUCCCGGUUCGAUGCAAGGCGGUCAAGCUGCGAAUACCGAUGCCCCCUCUGGGAGUCUGAGCGAGCAAGACCGACAAGCACGUCUGGCCAAGGAGGCGAGCAAGAGAGGUCUCAAUGCCCAGCUCAACGACGAAGGAGAGCUCGUAGAUCAACGCAGCGUCCUCUCUGCGGGCCUCAACGUCCUCGGCCGCGACAAGAAGGGCUCCUCUCGGGAUGAUGCCCAGUCCUCUUCAUCGUCCCUUCACUCUCGGCACUACUCGUCCUCCAAUGGCCGGGGUUCAGCAAGAGACGGAGCGGCCGAAGCGCGCCGCCUCCGGGAAGAAGCACGAGAGCGGGCCAGUCGACAAGUCGAGGAACAGAUCCUCGAGGUGGAAGCGCAGAGGGAGGAGGAGAGGGCCAAGGAGGAAGAGCAACGCAAGAGGAGCUUAAUUGGGGAGAGGAGAAAUGAUGAGAGUAAGAUUGCGGAGGCGAAGAAGAGGAUGGAGGAGAGGAGGUUGAAGAAGAGGAAGUUGGAGGAGGAGGAGAUGGGGACGUAA